CGAGCUUUCUCUAGCUCUCGACCUACACUUAAAACUUUCCUUUCCCAAUUACAUAUCAUCAAUUGGCUAUAUCAUUCUCAAAACGAGCUAUUUCCAUGAACAUGCAUCGAGCCUUCAACUCUCGAGUAGCCUUCCGGGCCAUGAGCCGAGGCAUUGCCCCUGCGACUUGCGUAGGAGCUUUCAUUGCAACUCGACCCGUCAUCCGUUGUGAUGCCCCGACACUUGCUACAGGGCCUCCUCCACGCCGACGUCCUCUAGAGGUUUCGCCUGAUACGGUUCGUCAGCUUUCUAGUGGAAGUGUUGCUGGAUUUGGAAUCGGCGUUGUAGUAGCCCUCUUUUCCCGCACCCUCGCACUUCUCACUGGAUUAAUUGCCUUUUCCAUCCAUGUCGCAUCUCGCUGGGGUUUGGAUAUUCCUCGGACUCUUGGUAUCGAGAAGCUCUUGAAGAAUAGCUCGGUAUGGAACAAGAGCAAGGAAAGGCCAUUAUUCACUGCGUCGUUUCUUGUAACAUUCAUCCUAGCUACCUUCGUACGUCUAUAGUAUUGCUCAGGCCGAUUCCGUUACUUCACUCAAUGUGCUGGGUCUCCCUCUUGAGCCAGGCCAAUGUCACAUUGUCUCCCUCGAAAUAUUCUUGCGUCUUCUCCAGAACCUUUGCGUUGUAAGUGUUGAGCCACUCCUUCUCUUCAGACG